GAAGAAAUGACUACGACUGAUGCAGUUUACAAGACGCCACAUUCAACCAUUCAUUGCGCCAGCAAAGGGGAUGAUACUUGGAAGCAAUUUGCAAGCAGACGUAGAAAGAGAAGAACGAAAGGCAGCUUGCUGAUCCAUACAACGGGACAGAAUGGCGUGCAGCAGCGCUCUCCCCCUCAGUGUUUGCACCUCAGGCUUGGUGCCGAGCUGGUUGCCUGGCGCGUUUCACUACAGUGUCUCCUCAAGGUGGACCCUCCACGUCUCCCAACGAACAACUAGAGUCGGCGCGGGUGCGAGGUCCCAGCAGGAACGGCAUCACAGUACUGAGGCUGAACAUGACGGAAAGCGGCCUGCGUGGGUUCCCCACCCCGACACGCUCAAGUACGGCCACAAGCGCGUCUUGGCCCUCGAUGGAGGGGGCAUCCGGGGCAUCAUCCUGGGAGUGGUUUUAGAGUACCUGGAGGACACCAUCCUUGAGGUUCUGAGGGAGCGGCAUAAGAACGAAAAUAUUGAGCGAAAAGACAUCUACCUGGCAGAAUUCUUUGACAUCAUCGCUGGGACCUCCACGGGGGGCCUGCUCGCGCUCUACCUGGCGUCUAGGGGCCGGACUUAUGACACCCUGGGCAAAAGCAGGCUGGGCCUCACAGAAAAGGAGAGGAUGAUGAUGGAAGAACCAAACAACAAAACCUACCACCGCAAGGGUGGCGCAACAGCAGCUCUUCAAAUGUAUCGGGCCAACGCGUCGAACAUCUUCAAGCACACGGUGCCAGGCUAUCUUCGCUGGGCUCCCGUGGAGUGGAUCAGUGAAACCUUCUUGAGGGCUAAGUAUGGCUCUAACGGCAUUGAGAGUGUGCUGCAAGACGUUUUUGGUGCUGACACCCAGUCUAAGAAGAGCCCGAUGCUGACUCUCAAGGACCUCUCGGCCUCCGUGGUGAUCCCCAGCUUCAAUACCAAGGAGAUCUCGCCCUUCACGUUCUUUUACAACUCGUGCGCCAACUGCCAGCGGCCCGGCUUCACGUUUGUGGGCAACAACCCAAAAGACAAGUACGCGUCCGACGAACUGUGCACGUUCACCGCCAACUUCCCGCUCUGGCAGGUGGCACGUGCCACCUCAGCAGCGCCGACGUUCUUCCCAGUUGCGUUUGUUGAGCACGUGGGCCCUGAUCCGAAGAAUGACGAAGGCGUGAAGCCACCCAUUGAGCCCCUGGAGCUUAUCGAUGGAGGCGUUGCUGCCAACGACCCCGCAUUCCAGGCCGUCCUGCUCCAGGGCAAGAUGUAUGGUGCGUCUCUGAAAGCCGAGAAUAAGAAACCCAAUUGGUUGCUGCCCACGGAUUUCGCGAUCCUGUCCCUCGGCACGGGGACGAUCAAGACGGCCGCGCCUCAGAAAGGCGGCGCUAAGCUGUCGGUGGUGAGCGAUCUGGUGGGCAAAGUGCUGAUGGGCAGUGCCUCCGACCUGGUGCACAGCUACUUCAAGGCCAUGAUGGCCAACCUGCCCGAGGGGGAGGGGCACAAGCCUGAGAUGGACCGGGAGCCGCCGUGUCCGUACCUGCGCAUCCAGAAGACGGACACCAGCUCGGACGAUAAGAAGGAGAUGAUCAAGCUGGCACAAGACGUGCUCCAGAGGGCGGCGACGGAUGACGAGAAGCAGCGCUACAAGAACUGCCUCAACAUCAUGGAUGACGUCAGCGAGGCGAACAUGAACAUGCUGGAGCACAUCGGGGAGUUUCUGGGGCGCCACAUCACGGGGCGGGUGGCGCAUGAUGAGGACGGCCGGAAGCACCGGAACCUGUUGAGGGACUACGUGGUGGAGUACGUGCUGAAGCCUGCUGAAGUAGCAGGUAGCAACUAGAGCGGGCCUUCUUUUCAAGGGUGGGAGUUUUGGAGCAGCGGUGAAGAGAGUGUUGAUGAGUUGCACGAGAGCCGCGUGGGACUACAAUCGACCGCCAAUGCCGCCUUGCUUGCGAGCACUGCUGAGUAGCGGGUACGCUUGAUUGUCAUCGCGCCCAUCAUUGGGGAGCGAAAGGUUACAAUAGUGUUGUGUGUUGUUCUGCUACGUACUGUUAUCUGGGAGCAGAAAUUAGUUAUUUAGGUGGUUGCAGAAACCAGCAAACCUUGACUUGUAUUGGUAUCGCCUUUGAGGACCAUAGGCGCUGUAAAGUAAAAUGAACGAUAGUCAGCCUACAAUUUGCUUGAACCUACUGUAGCCUAGGUUACGAACGAAAAAUGUGGGUGUACUUUACCAGCUGCUAUGUUUUGGUAUCUGGGAUGAGCAGAAAUUAGUUAUUUAGGU